CUCGACAUUCCAACUCGCUUCAUUCUUUUCCACCAGCUUUUACGUGAAUAGUUACCGUUAAUAGUAUGCCCGUCGUGGAUUGUUCAAAGGGUUCGGUCGGAAACGGUAGGCAAGCAUCAUCCGCCGUCUGUAAUUCUCGAAAUCGUCGCCUCCUUCCUCCCCGGCCUCCUCUUCACCACCGCCCCCCACGCCGACUCCCUCCCCUCCUGUCGUCUGCAUGUUCACUGGCGCCUUCACACCUGUCUUCCCCUCAGCUCCCAGCCCCUGACCUUCGUUCCAUCCCUGCUUCUUCAACAGCUGCAUGCCCACAUUGGUCUCCGCCUCCAGCCGGUUGGCCGCAAAGUCUCCUUCGUCCCCUCCCUUCCCUGCCCCGCCUUUCCCCGCCGACUGCAAGAGCCGUUCCAUCUCCCCGGCAGGGAGGUAUUGCGCCACGUGGUGUCGCCCCUUGGAGGCCAGCGUCACGUGCAAGGCGUCCUCGGCCGUCUGGAGCAUCUCCUUCGCACGUUUUCGGUGUUCCCAGGUCCCACCGUCUUCCACCCCGCCCGCUGCCCGGCGAUUCUCGGCUUCAAUGGCACGGAUCGCCUCCCCUUCGCUCUGUCCCUUCCCUUCUUUUUCCGCCAACUCCUCGUAGUACAAGGCCCGCUCCUGGAAGAGCUCCACCUCCUUCCCGCCCUCCUUCCCGCCCUCCGCCAAGGCCUUCAGACGGGCCGCCUCCCGG